CUUGGGCAAGUGCUUCAACCUCUCUGGGCUGAGUUUUCUCAUCUGUACCAUGGGGAGGGUGCCUGUGAUGAUCCUGAAGGCUCUUCAGGGCUGACCAUCUCUGCUUUAAGUUCGUGGUGGGACUGGGUGUGGGUGGCCCGCCCUCCUCCACCUUCCGCCCCAUCUGCUCUCACCCUCAUCCCAUCCUGCAGCCAUUUCUGACUUCCAGCCUUGGGCCUCCAGGCCAAGGACUGGAGACUUUGGAUAACUUUUCAGGGCCUUGUGGGGCCCAGAUCUUCAUGGUCAUCUUCUCUCUUCCCCGGAGGCAGGCCGAGCAGGCAUUUUUAUCGGAGAGAAGGGGAGUGGAAUGCCCAAGGCUGCACGGCUGGGGAGGCAGAGGACUGGCCUGUGAAGGGCGUGGGGCUGAGUCCCUGGAGAACCACCCCGAAUUUCUCUAGCUCUGUGCUUCCUGGACCACCAGCAGCAUGCAGAUAUGUGCACCUGCCCGGCGCCUGGCCUCCUGAAUGGGACUCCUUGGCAUGCACGGUACCUGGGGGAUUCCUCUGCCGAAUAGUUUGGAAGCCACUGCUCUGGAAGACCCAGGAAGGGGGGACUCCUGUGAAAACUGCUGAGGUCCUGCCAGUGUCUCUUGGGGAGGAAGUGGCAAGACAGAGGCUCCACGUCAGCGAUCUUUCCCUCCACCACCUCCUGUCCUUCCUCCUGCCCCUUUCUACUGUCACCUCAUCUUGUUGUUCCUACUGUUUUCAAGGCAAUGGGUUGUUUCUCGAUCAACAUGGGAGACUCCAGUGUGGAGGCUGGCGCCACCGCAUCUGACACGGUGGCUGAAGAAGUGUCCCUUUUCAGCACGACGGACAUGAUCAUGUUUUCCCUCAUUGUGGGUCUCCUGACAUACUGGUUCCUCUUCAGGAAGAAGAAAGACGAAGUCCCCGAGUUCACCAGAAUUCAGACCACGACCUCCUCUGUCAAAGACAGUAGCUUCGUGGAAAAGAUGAAGAAGACGGGCAGGAACAUCGUCGUGUUCUACGGCUCCCAGACGGGGACCGCCGAGGAGUUUGCCAACCGCUUGUCCAAGGACGCCCAUCGCUACGGGAUGCGGGGCAUGGCGGCAGACCCGGAGGAGUAUGACCUGGGCGACCUGAGCAGCCUGUCAGAGAUUGAGAACGCCCUGGCAGUGUUCUGCAUGGCCACCUACGGCGAGGGGGACCCCACUGACAAUGCCCAGGACUUCUAUGACUGGCUUCAGGAGACGGACGUGGACCUCUCUGGGGUCAAGUAUGCGGUGUUUGGCCUUGGGAACAAGACCUAUGAGCACUUCAACGCCAUGGGCAAGUAUGUGGACAAGCGGCUGGAGCAGCUCGGGGCCCAGCGGAUCUUUGAUCUGGGGCUGGGCGACGACGACGGGAACCUGGAGGAGGACUUCAUCACGUGGCGAGAGCAGUUCUGGCCGGCCGUGUGCGAGCACUUAGGGGUGGAAGCCACUGGAGAGGAGUCCAGCAUUCGCCAGUAUGAGCUUGUGGUCCACACAGACAUAGACGCGGCCAAGGUGUACGUGGGCGAAAUGGGCCGCCUGAAGAGCUAUGAGAACCAGAAACCCCCCUUCGACGCCAAGAACCCCUUCUUGGCUGUCGUCACCACCAACCGGAAGCUGAACCAGGGAACCGAGCGACACUUCAUGCACCUGGAAUUAGACAUCUCAGACUCCAAAAUCAGGUAUGAAUCUGGAGACCACGUGGCUGUUUACCCAGCCAACGACUCUGCCCUAGUCAACCAGCUCGGCGAGAUCCUGGGUGCCGACCUGGACGUUAUCAUGUCCCUGAACAAUCUUGACGAAGACUCCAACAAGAAGCACCCGUUCCCCUGCCCCACCUCCUACCGCACGGCCCUCACCUACUACCUGGAUAUCACCAACCCGCCCCGCACCAACGUGCUCUACGAGCUGGCCCAGUACGCCUCAGAGCCCUCGGAACAGGAGCAGCUGCGCAAGAUGGCCUCCUCCUCGGGCGAGGGCAAGGAGCUGUACCUGAGCUGGGUGGUCGAGGCUCGAAGGCACAUCCUGGCCAUCCUGCAGGACUACUCGUCCCUGCGGCCCCCCAUCGACCACUUGUGUGAGCUGCUGCCUCGUCUCCAGGCCCGCUACUACUCCAUCGCCUCGUCCUCCAAGGUCCACCCCAACUCCGUGCACAUCUGUGCGGUGGCUGUGGAGUAUGAAACCCAGUCUGGCCGCGUUAACAAGGGCGUGGCCACCAGCUGGCUGCGGUCCAAGGAGCCCUCCGGAGAGAACGGCCACAGGGCCCUGGUGCCCAUGUUCGUGCGCAAGUCCCAGUUCCGCCUGCCCUUCAAGGCCACCGUACCUGUCAUCAUGGUGGGCCCCGGCACCGGGGUUGCCCCCUUCAUAGGCUUCGUCCAGGAGCGGGCCUGGCUGAGGCAGCAGGGCAAGGAGGUGGGGGAGACGCUGCUCUACUACGGCUGCCGCCGCUCUGACGAGGACUACCUGUACCGCGAGGAGCUGGCCAAGCUCCACCAGGACGGCGCCCUCACCCAGCUCAACGUGGCCUUCUCCCGGGAGCAGCCCCAGAAGGUCUACGUGCAGCACUUGCUGAAGAGGGACAGGGAGCACCUCUGGAAGCUGAUCCACGACGGGGGCGCCCACAUCUACGUCUGUGGGGACGCUCGGAACAUGGCGAGGGACGUGCAGAACACCUUCUACGACAUCGUGGCCGAGCAGGGGGCCAUGGAGCACGCCCAGGCCGUGGACUAUGUCAAGAAGCUGAUGACCAAGGGCCGCUACUCCCUGGACGUGUGGAGCUAGGAGCACCCGGGCCGCCUUGCUCUGCUCUGCACGCCCUACAGACUCGCUCCCCAACUCGUGAUCGCUUUCCUCGCUCCCCUCUGCCAGUCGCCUAGCUGGGUUCUGCUGGCCCUGCCACAGGAGGCAGGCCCAGUGACUGACAGAGACUGCUCCAGGCCUGAGCUGUACCCUCGGACCCCGCCAGCCCCAGGGGGCGUGGCUACGGGUGACCGGGCUGAUGCUCCGUGAACACCUCGGGCCCUCGCUGGCUGAACAGGAGGGGCUCCUCCUCUCAGCUGAGUGGGGCCUGGCCCCUCCCCGUGAUUUUCAAUGAGUGUAAAUAAUUUUAAAUAACCUCUGGCCCUUGGAAUAAAGUUCUGUUUUCUGUA